AUGGCUGGUCACGGUGCUACGCGGCAGCAGGCGGCAGCCAAGUCGUCCGACUAUGGCGUCCUGCCGCGCGAGCCGCUCAAGACCAGCUCGCUGGCCAACGGCAUGCUGGUGGCCUCCGUCGAGAACCAGUCGCCGCUCUCGCAGCGUCGCCAUAGCUGUCAGGCGCUGGCCGGCGGCCGAUACGAGACGCCGGAGAACCGCGGCGUGACCCACCUGCUGCGCAUCGUAGCCGGCCUCUCCAACGCCGAGGACACCGCCUUCGGGCUGACCCGCCAGCUGCAGCAGGUCGGCGGCUCGCUGACCUGUACCGUGGACCGCGAAGUGCUCAUCUACUCGGCGGACGCCACGCGCAACCACAUGGACCUGGUGAUGAAGCUUCUGGCCAACGCGGCCACCAAGCAGGUGUUCAAGCCGUGGGAGGUGCAGGACAACAAGGCGAGGGUCCAGCUGGACCUGAAGCUCACUGCUCCUGAGGUAUCACUGCUGGAGGACCUGCAUCUGGCGGCGUUCCGCCAGUCUGACCUGGGCCACUCGCUGCUGGCGGCGCCCCACGCGCUGGGCUCGCUGGGCACGGACCAGCUGGCGUCGCACCUGUCGCAGACGCUCCUCUCGCGUCGUGUGGCCGUCGUCGGCACCGGCGUGGACCACGACACGCUGACCCAGUUCGCCCAGAGCCUGCAGCUGCCCGACGGCGACGGGCCGGCUCGGGCGGCGCGCUACGGCGGCGGCGAGGCGCGCGGCCUGCUCGGAGCGGCGGCCGCCUCGGCCGGCGGCGCCGCCGCCGCGCUCGGCGCCACCUACCCCGACGUCGGCCUCGUCGGCUACACGGUCGUGGCUGAGGCGAGCCAGGCGGGCAAGGCGGUGGAGGCGGUGAACAAGGCGUUCAAGACGGCCUCGCUGACGGCCGAGGACGUGAGCCGGGGCAAGGCGCUGGUGAAGGCGGCACUCCUGCGCGCCGACGACAACUCGGGCACCGCCGUGGAGUCGAUGGGCGUGCAGGGCGCCUCGCUGGGGGCCGUCACAUCCGUCGAGGAGGCCGUCAAGGCCGUGGACGCCGUCAAGCUGGCGGACGUGCAGACGCUGCACAAGAAGCUGGUGGGCGGCAAGCUGUCCAUGGCGGCGCGAGGGAACCUGCAGCACGUGCCGUACCUCGACCAACUGUAGUCCGGUUCUGCCUAGUGCUGUCUGUGUGUACAGUUGUCGCGUGCCGGAGCCGUGUGCUGGUCUGUUGGGGGCAGGAAGCGCGGGGGAGGCGCGCGCUCGAAAGCCAGUUUUGUCGUGGAAAGGCGCUGGGGCAUGUGGAGGGUUUCAUGGGAGAAAAGUCCAUGCUAGGAAUAUGAAAAUCGGGCGAUAUUUAUUUGGAACGUUCAAAAUGCGCAGAUGGUCAAGUCCUGUUUGGAAACCGCAGGUAAGAAACGUCGAAGGCAGCGUUUUCAUGCCUUCGUUUCGUCGUUAAUCGUUAAAUUUCGUCGUUAAUUUCAUCCUGGAGGAUCGGUUGUUGGCCCGGUUCCCAUGUUGCGUAUCCGUUCAGCCAUGCCCCUGCCGAUUCCGAUGUCACCAGCUGUCCGUGAACCAGAGCCUGACGGGCCUGUGAUGAUGUUCGCGCUCUACGCCGAAGGCUGCGACGCAGUGUACAGAAUGCCUGAAAUAUAUGAAUACAAAUGUGGAACUUA